AUGCUCGACCACUCGCCGCGCUCCAAGGUGUACCUCGUCACUGACGACGGGCUCGCGCUGCCAACGCACGUCCUCGAGUCGCUCGAUGCCCACAAGCGCUUCCUCUGGUGGGCGCUCCUCUUCCUCAACGCCUCGUGUCUCUGGGCGUACUACACGUGCUUGUCGGCCCAAAACUACUACCAGUCGCGCUUCGCGUCGACGUCCUUCAACUUUGCGUACCUCACGACGCCCGUCUCGACGUGGCCCAUGUUUGCGGGCCACUUGGUGCAAAUCCUCUUUGGCCUCGACAAGAAGCUCGGGCUCUGGCGCCGCGUCUGCCUCGGCUACAGCCUCUACGCGCUCUGCGCGAUCGCGAUCUUGCUCCAAGACAUCCUCGACGCGUCGCCAAACACCGGUGCGAUCGUCGUCCUCGUCGCGUUUGGCGUCGUCGGCUUGACCAACUCGCUGGCGGAAGCCGCGCUGUACGGCCUCUCGGCGCUCUUCCCGGACGCGACGUUGACGAACGCGGUCCAGCUCGGCAAUGGCACGUCCGGCUUUCUCAACGUCACGAUCAGCACGCUCAUUCAGCUCUGCGUCGGCGGCUGGCACCCGCUCGCGUCCGAGACCGCGUCGAUCCAGAAGGUGUCGUUCUACAUCUUUUUUAGCAUCCUCAUCGUCGUGUGUGGCGUCGCCGUGGGCGUCUUCCGCAAGGUGCUCUCGCUGCCCUGCGUCAUGUACCUCAUGGCGGCCAACGACGACGCGACAUCGGCGCGUGAGGCCGAGCCGCUGCGCGUCAUGUGGGGUCGCCUCGGGCGCAUCGCCGUCGUCGUCGCCGUGCCCUUUGCGUGCCAGUUUGUCAUCUUCUUGUGCUCGCUCACGGCCUUUCCCGGCAUUGGCAUCUCGUCUGGCUUUCAGCUCGCGGGCGCGGCGACGUGGGGCGGCUGGUACGUCAACGGCGUCCUCUUGAGCUACAACUAUGGCGACUUUUUCGGCCGCCUCCUCGCGCCGAGCUUGUACAAGUACUUGACGCUUCGUACGUGCUUGGCGUGGUCCAUCGGCCGCUGGGGCCUCUUUGUGUGCUUGCUGCUGGGUCUUCCCGGCGGCGGCCAGAACCCGCUCUUCUGCAUGGGCGCGGCCCACGCCUUCAACAUUUUCUGGCAGCUCUUUAUCAACUUUGCGCUGGGCAUGACCACGGGCAUCCUCAGCACGAUCACGAUCGGGCUCGGCCCGCGCUUGGUGGCCCAAGAAGACCGCGAGUCGGCCGGCGCGAUCCUCGUCCUCGGGCUCUUCCUCGGGAUCUCGUCGGGCGCGACGCUGGGCUGGCAGUUUGGCCAGAACCAUUGGCUUGGCGCGUGA